ACCGUCGUAACGGCUCCAUUUCUUCGCAUGGAGGCUAUAAAUUGCGUCUCACUCGAAUCUCAAUCCGUUCGCAUCCUGUUCUGCGACAGUUUCUCUUUCGUGCUCGAUCGUCGUGUUUGUGCAGGGUGUACGCGUUCAUGUGUAAUUUAUGUAUCGAUGGGAGAAAUUAGGGUUUGUUUCUAUUGAAUCGCGAGCGCAUAGAGAAGAGAGGGGGAGAGAGCCUCGAUCACCGAGUGGUAGAACGAUUGGAUAAACGUCGCCAUGGACAAUUGUGUUCCUGGAUCAAUUGAGGAUUCCAGGUUUCUGCCCCGCUUUCAACAGUGGUAUAUCGAUCGUUGCAGGAGGCAUGGGGUGCUACCUAACAGAACACUUCUCUCAGCUUUCUUCAGGGCUGCAGUUAGGAAAGCCCGCCACCAGCUUUGUAGACUUGUGGUUUUCUUGGAUGACCUGAAAGAUGCUGAUUUUCUUCCACUUCUUGAUAUAUUUCUGGAAAUUGACUCUUCUGAGAUUGAUGAAGUUGAUAUACUUCAUGAGUCAUCAUGUAACCUGAAUGGGGAGCGUGUUUUAUUGUUGUUACGUGCAAUCAAACAAAAACUUCGAGUUGUUGAUCUCUUGGAUUUGCCCUUUGGAAAGGACUUUUUGGGGGAUCUCUCUCAAAGAGGCUUGACAUGCCAAUUAUUGAACUUGAGGUCUUCCCAUUUCCGGAAGCUGAAUAUGGUUGGGAAGUUUAUGCAGUUGCGCACCCUGAACCUGGAUUUCAGCACUUCCCUUACUAGUUUCCAGGAGGAUUGCUUUACUUGCAUGCCAAAUCUGAAGUUCCUGUCAUUAUGUGAGACAAGAAUUGCAAAUCUUUGGACAACUACUUCUGCACUAUCAAAGCUUCCUUCUUUAAUGGAACUCUGCUUUCAAAACUGUUUGCUGUGUGAUGACACAGGGCCUUGUCUUGCAUCGCCUGGCGGGAAGAGUAUUGAUUUCUUAGAUCACCGUGGAGAACCUAGCCCAUUGGAGGUGUUGUCUGAUGCAAUGCCUGGGUGGAAUGGGCUGGUUGAUCUGCAAAAUGAGCAGGUAUCUUUGGGGAUUAAGGUGAUGCAAGAUGAAGAGUCCUCCAGUUUGUCUAAACCUGUACAUACUUCAUCUAUUGUGCCAAAAGAGUACAUCUUCUAUCAUCCUUCACCUAUAUGCUAUGAGAAACAUUAUAGAGAGUUCGUAAUAGCUUCAUUAGCUGGUUUGAGAGUUCUUGAUAACUUGCCUAUUAAGAAGGUUGACCGGGAGAAAGCUAAUAUUGUCUUUUCUCAUCAUUUUGAACGCCUACCAUACAGAAGGAAAAAUAAAGAGAAUGUUGUAAGUAUCCUACAGAGCCGUGAAAAUAGAGCAAGCUGUACUCACAUUCAAAAUAGCAGACGGAGUGCAUCUCACAUUUCAGCAAAGUCUCAAUAUUUUUACUCCAGAUCACUUUCUGCUGCAAAAGUGGGUGCUUCUACUUGGGCUCUCUUGCAUCCACUUUCUAUUUUGGGCAGAACAUCAGGAGCUGAAAGUUUUCGCCCCCGGCAGUUUGAGUACCAUCCUACUGAUGCAAGCCUUAUGGCUUUUGGUACUCUGGAUGGUGAAGUAGUUGUCAUCAAUCACGAGAAUGAGAAUCUUGUUAGUUAUAUCCCCUCACUUGGAGCAAUGUCUAGUGUACUGGGACUGUGCUGGCUCAAAACAUAUCCCUCCAAGUUAAUUUCUGGUUCAGACAAUGGUUCACUGAAGUUGUUUGAUAUCAAGAGUAUUCCUUCAAGAAAUGAACAAAUCUGUUCCCGUGCUCAUUCUGUUACCUUUGAUGAGUUUGAUCAUUUGACUUCUGUUCAUGUCAACUCAACGGAUGAAUGGUUUCUUGCUAGUGGAUACUCAAGGAACGUUGCUUUGUAUGACAUUUCCAGUGGAAGACAAUUGCAAGUGUUCACAGACAUGCAUCAAGAACACAUUAAUGUUGUUAAGUUUGCAAACCAUUCUCCUUCAAUUUUUGCCACUUCAUCAUUUGAUAAGGAUGUUAAGAUGUGGGAUUUAAGACAGAAACCAAUUUUCCCCUGCUACACUGCAUCAAGCUCUCGAGGAAAUGUUAUGGUCUGCUUUUCCCCUGAUGACCAUUAUCUUCUCGUCUCAGCUGUUGACAAUGAGGUUAAACAACUACUGGCUGCUGAUGGGAGGCUCCACCUAGAUUUUAAUAUAGGUUCAACAGGAAGCUCACAAAAUUAUACCCGUUCUUAUUACAUGAAUGGAAGAGACUAUAUUGUCAGUGGAAGUUGUGAUGAAAAUGUAGUCCACAUUUGUUGCUCUCAAACAGGAAGACGACUCAGGGAUUUAUCAUUGGAGGGUAAAGUUUCAGGAACCUCAAUGUUUGUGCAGUCUUUGAGGGGUGAUCCUUUCAGAGACUUUCAUAUGAGCGUUCUAGCAGCCUACAUACGCCCAAGCUCCAAAUUUGAGAUCGUGAAGGUGAACUUGAUGGCCUCCAAUGGCCAUACCAAAGAAUACUCUGAUGAUCAGCAUUCUUUAUCCUACAGUAUGGGAGGCUGAUCCCUGUACUGAAACUGCACACAAAAUAUUAUUGUAUCUUUUUAUACUUAUAUGUAAUAUAUUAUAUAACUUUGAUCCUUAUAUGUAAUUAUUAUAUCUAAAAAAUUAGGUAAUAUAUAUUUUUUUAGGUUUACUGGAUGUUUGUAUAUCUUUUUUAUUUUUGGGUGCAUAAGCAAUUUUUGGUUAAUUUUUAAGCAAAAAGACAAAAAAAAAGAAAGAAAAAAUGGUGCCAGAACUCCCUUGGACCUAAAUUUGGGUUGAAUUGGCUUCGGCCCAAUCGGGAGAGUUUUUAUUCAUUACCUAUAUAUAAUAAAAAAAAAAUACUAUACAUUCA